AUAAUCAUAAUAAUAAUAAUAAUAAUAACAAUAAUAUUGAAAACAACAUGACGCAUGCUAUUAAAGAAAUUGAAACUACUGAUAGACAGGAGAAGGAACUGGAAGAUUAUAAACAAGAACAAGAACACGAAGAAACGAAUAACAAUAACAAUAACAAUAAAGAAAAUGAUCAAAGAAAUAACGAUGAUCUUGAUCAAAUAAAAUCUAAUACAUCACAAUCAUCGAUAUACACGCACAAAGAUAUCAGCGCAGGUGUUAAUUGUAGUAUUAACGAUCCAAUUGGAAGCACACACAGCAGCAAUAGCAAUAAUAAUAGUACAAUUAGAAGACCAUUAGAUGUUUAUGCAUUAGAUAUACACGAACCUCCUCAUCAGAAAUCAUCAUCAACAGCAUCAUUUUCACCUGCCAUCAAUCAGAUCAUACAUCAUCAUACGACACCACAUGCGUACACCAGCAGCAAUGGCGUUCCACACGGAUACUAUCGCAAUACUUUACCGCCACUGCCACCAAAUAAUCAUACACAACAACAACAACAACAACAACAACAACAAAAUCAACUACAACAACAAGAGCAACAACAGACGCAAGAUGACCAUUUUAAAUUGUUCAUCAUAUUUGGAAAUGAUACCGACAAUGAAAAAUUGUCCGGUCUACCACAUUCGACAACCGGUUCAUUAAGCUCUAUCAUCACGACGUCCAUAGCAUCCUCAGAACCAGAUCCAGGCUCGGGCGGCAGUGGCGGCGGUGGUAUCGGUGGUGGCCGUGGUGGUACAGAUGCUUCCAAUAUUGCAGGCGUACCGGGCAAUGUAGAUGAAAAGUUAGCCCUAAAUCGGCCAGGCCUCAAGCAAGAGAAAUGGACAGCGAUUCUACUACAAGUUUCUAUUCCAUUCUUUUUAGCAGGCAUUGGUACAAUCGGUGCUGGCAUCAUUUUAGGCCGAGUCGAAAAAUGGCGAGUGUUUAAUGUAAUUACUGAACUUUUUAUACUGGUGCCAGCAUUACUAGGCUUGAAAGGCAAUUUGGACAUGUGUUUAGCCUCGCGUUUAUCUACUCAGGUGAAUUUGGGUAACAUGUGCUCGCGGAAGGAAGUGAUUGGCAUGAUUGUUGGCAAUGUAGCGUUAGUGCAAGUGCAGGCAACCGUGGCGUCAUUUUUAGUCUCAUUAUUUGCAAUUUCGGUUGGCGCGAUUAUGAAUGGUCCCCUUAGAUUGGAGCACGUCAUGCUGCUGACAUCGUCGGCCAUGUUUACUGCAACCUCGUCAUGCUUCGUUUUAGAUUUUGUGUUAGUGGCUGUGAUAUUAUUAUCUCAAAAGUACCGUUUAAAUCCUGAUAAUAUGGCGACACCGUUGGCUGCAUCAAUCGGCGACGUCGUUUCCAUAAGUCUGCUGUCCUUCAUAGCUUCAAUACUAUUUGAUCACAUUAAGAUACAUGGAUUAUGGGUAACAUACGUCGUUUUAGCUUGUUAUAUGUUUCUAUUGCCUCUAUGGAUAAUUGUUGUAUUGAAAAAUAAAUAUACACGACCGAUAUUGAAGACCGGUUGGGUGCCAGUCCUCUCAGCUUUAUGCAUUAGUGGGCUCGGUGGUUUAGUGCUUGAUGCCGCCGUAGAGAUCUUUAAUGGCUUUGUGGUUUUUCAGCCCAUUAUCAAUGGCAUCGGAGGUAAUUUGGUAUCGGUGCAAGCCAGCAAGAUAUCAACGAUGUUGCAUCAAACCUCGAUUAUUGGUAUUAUACCACCGCAUACCAAAAUUUUCGAGUACCCUUGGAGAGCUCUAUUUAAAGGAGUGCCUUACGCUAAUACGGCGCGUAUUCUGAUUGGUAUGUCAAUUCCAGGAAAUAUAAUUUUUAUAUUCGUCGCCGAUUACAUACAUAUAGGUCAAACAUCAAUUACGUUAGCCUUUGUUCUUACGUACGUUGCGGCAAGCUUAUUACAGAUAAUGCUACUGCUAUACAUCGCUCAUAUAAUAGUACAUGCGAUGUGGAAAUGGAAAAUAGAUCCGGAUAAUUCUUCAAUACCGUAUUUAACUGCCUUAGGUGAUUUACUAGGUUCAAGUUUUCUCGCAUUGGCUUUUCUAUUCCUCUUGUCCAUAAACAGAGAAUACGGAGCAGAUCUUUUAAAUGCGGCCAACUAAUCGGCACAGUGGGAAGCAAGAAAAUGCACUAUGGAUGCUUUUCCUUAUUUGCCAUAACCAGUAUCCCGUAUCUCCAUCAUCCUCUUCAAAUUAAAUUAUUAUUCAAACGGAUGUAGAUUUAGUUCAAGAAAAAAGAAAUUGUAGUAAAAAUUGAUAUCAAUUUGAAAUUGUAUGAACGAAAGAUAGAGACAGACAUUUAUAAAAGAAGAAAAGCGAAAGUAAUAAAUUAAACAAAACAAAGUCGCAUUAAUAAUUAAU